AUGUCGGAGGACCUGCGCGCACAGCUGGAGAAACAUCUGCAGACUUUACACAUCCAGACGAGAUGCGUGGAGCACCCGCCGGUGUUCACGGUGGAGGAGAUGAUGCCUCACCUGCAGGGCGUGAAUGGCGCCGUCACCAAGAACCUGUUCCUGAAGGACAAGAAGAAGAAGGGGCUGUGGCUGGUGUCGGCCCGCCAUGACCGCCAGGUGAACCUUAAUGACCUCGCCAAGAAGCUUGGUGUCGGGAGUGGAAAUCUGCGCUUCGCAGAUGAGGCAGCCAUGUUGGAAAAUCUGAAGGUGGGUCAGGGCUGUGCGACGGCUCUUGCUCUGCUCUUCGAUCAGGAUUGCAGCGUGAAGUUCGUCUUGGACCGGGACCUGGUGGAAGGAGGCCACGAGAUGGUCUACUUCCACCCGAUGACCAACGCUGCCACCAUGGGGCUCAGACCGGACGACCUGCUGCGCUUCCUCAAGGAGACGGGACACGAGCCAAUCCUGGAGUGCUUCGAGUAAAACGGACACCCGGGCCUGGUUUAAAAGCGACGCGAGGGCGGUCCUGGUCGGGCUGAGAGCAGGAUACGGCCGUCUGCCGCCGAGGAUCUUGAGAAGCUUCGUGCUAGGCUCUAAGUGUAAAAACGAACAUUUUAAAAACGUGUUUGUGUGGAGCGAGGAGAAUCUGCAACCUGAACAUUAAACGGCUUCUCAUGACAUCUGAAGUUCACACGGACGAGCACACUGUUUGUCUUCUGUGCAUCAUUCGACGGUGGUCACUAACAGCCUGUCAUGUUUAGCAAAGUCCCCAAAAUUAAAAUUUAUUCACUGAAAUUUGACCCUGGAUGUUAUUUAUUAUCCUGCAAAUGUAAAGCGAGAGAAUAAAAAGCUUUGUCAUCUCU